AUGGCCAACCGAGCAAAGGAAGAGGAACACGAGGGCAACUACGAGAUCAUCGACCUGCUGCUCGACCAGCCGGGCUUCGAAUGCGACCCGAUCAACCGGGCCGACGGCGACACGCCCUUGCACACGGCGGUGCGGUGGAUCAACGGGGAGCCGGCGGGCCAGCGGGAGUUUGGCAACGCGCUGGUGGAGAUGAUGCUGGAGGCCGGGUCGAGCUCGCGGAUCAAGAACCGCGGCGGGCUGACGCCGCUGCAGCUGGUGGAUCCGCAGAAUGAGGGGCUCAAGGAGGUGAUUCGCAAGCAUGAGUAUGCGGCGCUGAAUGCGGGGGAUUUUGUCAGCGCGGAUGAGGUGAAGGGGGGGAAGGGGUUGGUGGCGGCGGCGGCGGUGUCGUCAUCGAGGCGGGAGAAGGAGGACGAGGAGGACGAGGAUGCCGAGUUUAGUGGGAGUGAUGACGAGGAGAGGGCAGAGUGGGAGCGCCGGAGGAAGGCCAAGAGGGGGUGA